AUCUUAGCCGGAAGGAUUAAAGAACCGUUCCACUUCCGGAAGUAACGGGAGCGUUUCGAACAUGGCGACCUCCCAAGCGAACGGGCUAGCCCCGGCGGCUGGGAAGAGUGAAUUUCGUAACCAGAAGCAGAAGCAGGAGAACCGAGAUGAAUCAGAACUCCUCACUGUUCCUGAUGGUUGGAAGGAACCAGCUUUUUCCAAAGAGGACAAUCCCAGAGGACUCCUGGAGGAAAGCAGUUUUGCAACUUUGUUCCCAAAAUAUAGAGAAGCUUACUUGAAAGAGUGCUGGCCGUUGGUUCAAAAAGCCUUGAAUGAACAUCAUGUUAAUGCAACCCUGGACCUGAUCGAGGGCAGCAUGACUGUUUGUACAACAAAGAAGACUUUUGAUCCAUACAUCAUCAUUAGGGCCAGAGACCUAAUAAAACUACUAGCAAGAAGUGUUUCAUUUGAACAGGCAGUACGAAUUCUUCAGGACGAUAUUGCAUGCGACAUCAUUAAAAUAGGUUCUUUAGUAAGAAAUAAAGAAAGAUUUGUAAAAAGAAGACAACGGCUUAUUGGUCCCAAAGGAUCUACAUUAAAGGCAUUGGAACUCUUAACAAACUGUUACAUUAUGGUUCAGGGAAACACGGUUUCAGCCAUUGGACCUUUUAGUGGCUUAAAAGAGGUUCGAAAAGUAGUCCUAGAUACUAUGAAGAAUAUUCAUCCAAUUUAUAAUAUUAAAACCUUAAUGAUUAAACGAGAGUUGGCAAAAGAUUCUGAAUUAAGAUCACAAAGUUGGGAAAGAUUUUUGCCACAGUUCAAGCACAAAAAUGUGAAUAAACGCAAGGAACCAAAGAAAAAAACUGUUAAGAAAGAGUAUACACCAUUCCCACCACCACAACCAGAAAGUCAGAUUGAUAAAGAAUUGGCUAGUGGUGAAUACUUUCUGAAGGCAAGUCAAAAGAAGCGACAGAAAAUGGAAGCAAUAAAGGCUAAACAAGCAGAAGCUCUCAGUAAGAGACAAGAGGAAAGAAACAAAGCUUUCAUUCCACCUAAAGAAAAGCCAGUUUUGAAACCUAAGGAAGCUUCUACUGAAACUAAAAUUGACGUGGCUGCCAUCAAGGAAAAGGUUAAGAAAGCAAAGAAUAAGAAACUGGGAGCUCUCACAGCUGAAGAAGUUAAGCUUAAAAUGGAAGUAGAUGAAAAGAAAAAGAAGAAAAAAAAGUAAAAUCAUCUUGUGUACCAUCCAGUAUGCCAAGCACAUUUUGCAAAACUGUCUUGAAAUGGCCCCCAUCAGUAUUUAUUGAGCCUACCAACAGUAUCUAGAAGACCACAAAGGAAUUUUUUCCUCCAGUAUUUGCCAUGAUUUGUUCAUAAAUAGAAUCUGUUGAAUAAAAUCUUUCCUUUUAACCUUUA